AUAACUAUGAAAUUUUGCAUUUCCGUAAUAGCCAAAUGGGCACCUAUGGUUUUGUCGAUGUUAGGGACUUUUUCCGGGUUUGAUUUCGGGCUGGGAUCAGAAGGAAGCGCUAUAAUGACCACUACGUGCGUUUCAUUCUGUGCACUAGUGGCGUUCUCCUUUUGUUUGAGUUCCUUUCGUUUGAAAGGGGCGCUCAAGAAGGUUCUCCUCCUCUUCUUGAUCUUUUCCGCUGGGUUCGUGGGAUCUUUGAUACGGAUCCAAGUCGUCCACCUAGUGGGUGGACAGGCUUUGACCCUGUUGGGGCCGAUUAUCGGCUGGUAUGCAGUAGGAUGGCAAGCACUUUCUUCUACGGGCCCUAACGGGGCGGAGAGCUGGGAGGAGAGUACGUUUGAAUUUGACGUGCUCGAGGAAUCCUUUUCCCCCACGGCAGAGGAGGCCCAAACGGAAGAAGGGGAACCCUCGGUCAAUUUUCAGGGGCCCGGGACGCCCCAGUCCCAAACGGAAGAGGGGGAACCCUCGGUCAAUCAGGGGGGUCCCGAGGAAGCUGGGCCUGCGCUUCCAGCUCAUCCAGUCGAGGGGGACGAAGCUGGGCCAUCUCAUAGAGUGGGCCCCUAUCAGGACCAGGGCCUACCUACUGAUAGGAAUGGUAACACAAUGGAUCUGAAUGCUCGGCCCUCCCUAUCAUACAGGAGGUGUACAACAACCUUAACCGCGCAAGCCUGGGCUGGGCCUACCUCCAUCCUUAGAGGAGCCGUAUGA